AUGGCGGCGCCAAACCACAUGCACAAUUUGACCACCCUUAUCAAACGACUGGAGGCUGCCACGUCCCGUCUCGAGGACAUUGCGACAUCCACUGAGCUGCCAAAGGAUGCCUUACCAGCUCUGACCAAAUCCAAUGUUGCUCCAUCCCCAGCCAAUGCGCCCGCGCCGCCGCCGCCUGCUCCCAAACCCGCCGAUGAGCCCCUCCCCGAAUCUAUCGAAGACUUUGACAACUUCCUGGCAACAUCCGUGGAUCGAUAUGUCAAGCUGAGCAACGAGUUAGGCGGCACCGUUGCCAAGCAAGCUGCCAGCGUCCUCAAGGGCUUUGAGGAGCAGCGAACCUUCCUCCUCGUCGCAUCUAAGGCUAAGAAGCCUGACGUGUCCGGACUCCAGAACCUGAUCAAGCCCGUCAACGAGGCUGCCAUGACCGCCAUGGAAAUCAAGGAAACGAAUCGCGCCGACCCUGCCUAUAACCACCUUAGCGCUGUUGCUGAUGGAAUCAUGCUUCUCGGAUGGGUCGGUGUUGAGAACCGCCCGUUCAAGCAUGUUGAUGAGACGCUUGGAUCAGCGCAAUUCUUUGGCAACAAGGUUACUAAAGAGUUCAAGGAGAAGGAGCCUAAACACGUCGAAUGGGUCCAAUCCUUUUACCAAAUCUUCCGUGACCUGUCCGAACUCAUCAAGCAGCACUUUGCCAACGGCGUCGUCUGGAACCCUAAUGGUCAGCCCGCCGCCGAGGUCGCCAAGUCCGUCGCCAAGCCAAGCGCUCCCCCCACGGGAGGUGCACCUCCUCCUCCGCCACCUCCCCCAGGUCCACCUCCUGUGUUGGACAUCAAGACGGAGCCUGCGCCGGCCGCUGCCUCUUCUGCAUCUGGAGGCUUCGGGGCUGUCUUUUCAGAGCUGAAUAAGGGGGAGUCGGUCACCAAGGGCCUUCGCAAGGUUGACAAGUCUGAAAUGACGCACAAGAACCCCUCGCUUCGUGCCGGGUCUACCGUCUCUGAUGGCUCAGGUGCCUCCAGAGGAAAGAGCCCUGCCCCAGGCAAGAAGCCUAAACCUGAGAGUAUGAGGGUGAAGAAGCCGGCCAAGAAGGAGCUGGAAGGAAACAAAUGGACAAUUGAAAACUACGACAAGGAGCCUGAGCCAAUUGAGAUAGACGCAACUCUCACACACUCGAUUCUCAUCAGCCGAUGUAACAACACCACGGUCAUCGUCAAGGGCAAGGCAAACCAAGUGACUAUUGAGAACUCGAACCGGCUUUCACUUGUCGUUGAGUCACUCGUGUCUACUGUCGACGUGGUCAAGGCACAGAAUUUUGCCCUGCAGGUCAUGGGCGUCAUCCCAACUGUUAUGCUCGACCAAGUUGAUGGCGCCACCAUCUACUUCAGCAAGGAAAGCACGUCUACAAAGGUGUUUACAAGUAAGUCGGCCGGCAUCAACGUCAACGUCAUCUCGGGGCCAGAUGAAGACUAUAAGGAGGUACCCUUGCCUUCACAGAUCUGCUCGUACUAUGACGAGGAGAAGGGUGAACUUGUCAACGAGAUUGUUGAUCAUUCGGGCUAG